AGUAGUGAAAAAUGGGCAUGCCAGGGCUGGCUUUUGCUGCAUUGAUCCUGGCAGCUACAGCAUCCAUGGCGUCAGCAGCAUCGCCAGUCACAUUUGUCUUUGGUGACUCCUUAACAGAAGUUGGAAACAACAAUUACAUGCAAUAUUCUCUUGCAAAAUCCAAUUACCCUUGGUAUGGCAUCGAUUAUGCUGGUGGGCAGGCCACAGGGAGGUUCACAAAUGGGAGGACAAUUGGUGACAUAAUAUCUCAAAAGCUUGGGAUUUCAUCACCACCACCUUAUCUUUCUUUGUCACAGAAUGAUGAUGCAGUCCUCAAAGGGGUUAAUUAUGCAUCCGGUGGGGCAGGAAUUCUCAACGACACUGGGCUUUAUUUUAUUCAAAGAUUAUCCUUCGAUGACCAAAUAAAUUACUUUGCAAAGUCCAAGGAAACAAUCAAGACUAAAAUUGGAGAAGUGGCUGCCAACAAGCUUUGCAAUGAAGCCAUGUACUUCAUUGGAAUUGGAAGUAACGAUUAUGUCAACAAUUUCUUGCAACCCUUUUUAGCAGACGGUCAACAGUACACACCUGACGAAUUUAUGGAACUCCUAAUUUCCACCUUAGAACAUCAACUUACGAGGCUCUACCAACUUGGAGCACGAAAGAUGCUAUUUCAUGGCCUUGGCCCUCUGGGCUGCAUUCCUUCUCAGAGGGUGAAAUCAAAGACAGGCCAAUGCUUAAAGCGGGUGAAUCAAUUGGUUCUGGAAUUCAACUCCAAAGUCAAAAACCUAGUAGCCUCUCUCAAUGGCCGCCUCCCAAAUGCAAAACUGAUAUUUGCAGACACAUACUCGGGAGUUCUGGACUUGAUCGAGAAUCCCAGUGCCUAUGGUUUUAAGAUUUCCAACACAUCUUGUUGCAAUGUAGACACAAACAUUGGAGGGCUCUGUUUGCCAAACACCAAGUUAUGCAGCAAUCGCACCGAGUAUGUGUUCUGGGAUGCAUUCCAUCCCUCCGAUGCAGCAAACGCAGUGCUUGCUGAGAAACUUUUCUCCACCGUAUUUUCUGAUGCGCCUCCCAUUGCUCCCACUCCCUCAGAAUCAGUCUAAAGUAGAGAGUUUUAUACCCUUAAUGCGGAGCAGAGGGUUCAUGUAUUCAUACUAUUUGCCUAUGGAAGCCAAGAUAUGAUGGUUUAUUCAACCCAUGGCAAGCCAUAGAUCAAGCUACUUAAAAUGCUUAAGUUUUGAAUAACAAUGAUGUUUGCUCUCCAAAUGG